AUGGAAAGUAUUGAAAGCUCAAAAGUUCGAUCACUGUUUGUUUUCACACCCAAAACCUUACCGGAAUCCAUUGUAAAGAGAAUCCCUUCAAAGUACAGACUGUUGAAGGUGCUUGCUAUUCGCUGUGCUGGAUUGCUUCAAGUUCCAGAAGAUUUAGGAAGUUUGAUCCACUUGAAGUAUAUCAGCUUUAAAGACUUAAGUCCAGGUGUAUUAAAAUUUUCAAAUUCCAUAUUUGCCAUGCUCCAAAACCUAGAAACCUUAGAUUUAACGCGAGUAAGAACCUAUACCAUGCCAAAGGAGUUUUGCAAGCUUACAAAGCUACGUCAUUUUCUAGGCUGGAAAAUGUCUUUGAUUGGAUUGAAGGAUGGUAUCGGAGAUAUGACAUCCCUACAAACUCUAAGAGGUGUUUAUUUAGAUGAAGACGAAGACGAAGAUGAUAACAGAGUAGUAGAGCUAAUCCAAGAGCUGGGAAAGUUGAAGCAACUAAGGGAAUUGGAUCUGUCUGGUGUUAGAAAUACAUAUAUGAGUGCUCUAUCUUCUUCAAUCAAUGAGAUGCAACAACUGGAGGAACUACGUAUUUUCGGAAAAGAAAAUAACACAAUUAUCACUGAUCUGCAUUUGAAUUCACCCCCACCUUUGCUUCGAUAUCUUAGACUCGGCGGAAUAUUAUGGAAGUUGCCCGAAUGGAUCCCAAAGCUUCAAAAUCUUGUUAUGCUGCAACUCGAUUACUCAGAGCUAAUGGACGAUGCAAUGAAAUUACUCAAAAGUAUGCCAAACUUGUUAUCCCUCUAUAUCUGCGGCAAUGCUUAUAUAGGCAAAAGCUUACAUUUUGAAGAUGGCUCGUUUAAGAAUUUGAAGGAACUAAUACUUUUGGGUUUGAAGCCCUUGAAUAAUAUUCUUAUUGACGAAGGUGCGUUGCCUUCUCUGAAAAAGCUUCAUCUAUCCAGAGUCCCCAAUCUCAAAAUGGUACCAAAUGACUUUCAACACUUAAAAAAGCUUCAAGUUCUGUAUAUGAAGCAAAUGACUGGGGAAUUUCUGAAGAGCAUUGCUCCUCAGGAAGGAAAAGAGCAUUGGAUCUUCAAGCACGCGACCCUUACAGAAGUUUCAGCUUGGGUUACCGAAUCCAAUACUAUAGGAUGA